GGCUCGGACCGCAGCUCGGCGCUGGGCGGCCACAGGCUGGCCUCGCAGGCCUACCGGGAUGGAGGGGCAUGCUGAAAUGGAGAUGCUGAGGACACUGAAGGGGCCCUCCACAGGGGAGGUCAGCGUGCACCUGGUGGCCGGAGACAGCCCAGGGUCCGGCCCUCACCUGCCCUCCACUGCCUUCAUCAUUCCAGCCAGCUCUGCCACCCUUGGCCUGCCCAGCAGUUCUUUGGAUGUGUCCUGCUUUCCGCGGGAGCCGAUCCACGUGGGCGCCCCGCAGCGAGUGACAGGCAGCGUACCUGUCACUGCCACCGUUCUGCCGCAGUUAAGCGCGGGGCCCGCGGCCAGCUCCAGCGCCAGCACUGUGCGGCUCCUGGAGUGGACCGAGGCCGAAACCCCGCCUCCUGGGGGCGGCCUGAGGUUCCGGAUAGGCGAGUACGCGCCACUGAACAUGGUGGGAGCCGAGCAGCCCCCAAGCCCCGAACUGCGGCGGCAAGACAUAGCCGAUUACGAAGCUGGCAAGGCCCCGGCGGGAGGUGGCGAUACGGGCAUCCUACAGCCAGGGGACCUCCCCCAGGACCCUCCUGAGGAUCCCCCUGGGGAACCCCCAAAGGAUGAAGGCCCCUGUCAGUGCCAGGUGUGUGAGCCUCAGCUAGCCUCCGGUCCAGAUCCCGGUUCCUCCAGUGGUGGCUGUCCCCAGCUCUUCCAGGAGCGGUCAGUCAUAGUGGAGAACUCCUCAGGCCCGAACUCCUCCUGCACGAGCACUUCUGAGCUUCUCAAACCCAUGAAGAAGAGGAAACACAGGGAGUACCAGAGCCCAUCAGAGGAGGAGUCAGAGCCAGACGCCAUGGAGAAGCAAGAAGAAGGAAAGGAUCCAGAGGGACGGCCCACAGCCAGCACCCCAGAAAGUGAGGAGUGGAACAGCAGCCAGCCUGCGUCAGGGGAGAAGAAGGAAGGCUGGUCAUGGGAGUCCUACCUUGAGGAGCAAAAGGCCAUCACUGCGCCAGUCAGCCUCUUCCAGGACUACCAGGCAGUCUCUCAUCACAAGAAUGGCUUCAGACUGGGCAUGAAGUUGGAAGGCAUCGACCCUCAGCACCCAUCCAUGUACUUCAUCCUCACCGUGGCCGAGGUGUGUGGCUACCGCCUCCGUCUGCACUUUGAUGGGUAUGCCGAGUGCCAUGACUUCUGGAUCAAUGCCAACUCCCCUGACAUCCACCCUGCCGGCUGGUUUGAGAAGACAGGGCACAGGCUGCAGCCCCCCAAAGGUUACAAGGAGGAGGAGUUCAGCUGGAGUCAGUACCUGCGCAGCACAAGAGCUCAGGCUGCCCCCAAGCACCUGUUUGUGAGCCAGAGCCACACUCCCCCACCUCUGGGCUUCCAGGUGGGCAUGAAGCUGGAGGCUGUCGACCGCAUGAACCCGUCCCUCGUCUGUGUGGCCAGCGUGACCGAUGUGGUGGGCAGCCGCUUCCUGGUGCACUUUGACAACUGGGACGAUACUUACGAUUACUGGUGUGAUCCCAGCAGCCCCUAUAUCCACCCGGUGGGCUGGUGCCAGAAGCAAGGAAAGCCCCUCACACCUCCACAAGACUACCCAGACCCUGAUAGUUUCUGCUGGGAGAAAUAUCUGGAAGAAACCGGGACCUCUGCUGUGCCUUCCUGGGCCUUCAAGGUGCGACCCCCACACAGCUUUCUGGUCAACAUGAAGCUGGAGGCCGUGGACCGCAGGAACCCAGCCCUGAUCCGUGUGGCCAGUGUGGAGGAUGUGGAGGACCAUCGAAUAAAGCUCCACUUUGACGGCUGGAGCCACACCUAUGACUUCUGGAUCGAUGCCGACCACCCAGACAUCCACCCUGCCGGCUGGUGCUCCAAGACAGGGCAUCCCCUGCAGCCUCCUCUCCGACCCAGAGAGCCCAGCGCUGCCUCCCCCGGGGGCUGUCCCCCUCUCAGCUAUCGGAGCCUGCCGCCCACGAGGACCUCCAAGUACAGCUUCCACCACCGGAAGUGCCCCACUCCUGGUUGUGACGGGUCUGGCCACGUCACAGGCAAGUUCACGGCUCACCAUUGCCUCUCGGGUUGCCCGCUGGCUGAGAGGAACCAGAGCCGGCUGAAGGCAGAGCUGUCUGACUCGGAGGCUUCGGCCCGUAAGAGGAACCUCUCGGGCUUCUCCCUAAGGAAGAAGCCCCGCCAUCACGGCCGGAUUGGGCGCCCUCCAAAGUUUCGGAAGAUGCCACAGGAAGAUUUCCCGACACUAACGACCGAUGUCAUCCACCAGUCCCUCUUCAUGUCAGCCCUGUCGGCCCACCCGGACCGGUCCCUCUCGGUGUGCUGGGAGCAGCAUUGCAAGCUCCUGCCGGGGGUGGCGGGCAUCUCGGCCUCGACUGUCGCCAAGUGGACCAUCGACGAGGUCUCCGGCUUUGUUCAGACUCUGACAGGUUGUGAGGACCAAGCACGACUCUUCAAAGAUGAGAUGAUUGACGGCGAGGCCUUCCUUUUGCUGACACAGGCGGACAUUGUGAAGAUCAUGAGCGUCAAGCUGGGCCCAGCCUUGAAGAUCUAUAACGCCAUUCUCAUGUUCAAAAACGCCGAUGACACCUUAAAGUGA